CCGGUGUUGAAAUUAAUGAAGAAACUAAUUCACAAGUUUUAGCAAAUCGUCUAGCUUUAUUAUCAUUAUGGGCUAUUGGUCGAAUGGUAAAUGGUUAUGCAACUGGUCGUGAAGUAACAGAAGAUGGUUAUUUAAUGCGUGAAGGACCAGAUGUAAUGGAAGCAUUAAGUCGUUUAUUAACACCACAUUUAGCUAGAAAAAUUCUUGAAUUAAAUAUAUAUGAUUCAAGUCAAAUUGGUCGAUUAAGCAAUGGAAAUAAUGAUUCACAAAUUUUACAUGAUUUCUCUUUAGAUACAUCUAGAGGGAAGUAUUUACGUUCAUUAGCAAAAUUAUUAACUACAAAUUCUGUAACACCAUAUUUAAUAUGGGAUAAUCGUUGUAGAGCAGAAUUGGAAACGUUAAUUGAUCUACAAGUUGUUCGUUUAAUUAAAACU